AUGCCAACCAUUCUAUACAAUACCAAUUCUAGCUUAAUUUCCAAGUACCGAAGAUCUAAUUCCUCAAAACCUUAUAAGAGAUUAUUGUCAAAAAAAGGGCACAUACGAUUGAACUCUAAAUCGAUCAGAGAUACUUGCGAAAGGGAGUUUGAUUAUGCGAGAAAUUCUGGUAUCGAUAAUUCGUUCCAGAGUGAGUUUGAAAAAGAUUCGGUGGAAUAUCUCCGGGAUUUAUGUUCUUCUGUAUUCCCAAAUUCACUACAUCAAAGAAUAAGAAGCCUAGAAGUUUUACCGGACUUGCAGAUAAAUGCCUUCUUUGCUUUAAUUUUCCAAAAUUACAUUAAGUCUUGGUAUGGCGUCAAAAUACCCACAGAUGAUUCCAAAUUUUUGACCGAAUUAUACAACGUGGUUCAGGAUUUAAUAGCAUAUAUGAAAAGUUCUAAGAUUAAUUAUAAUGACUUAUUGCUCGAUUAUAUUCCUUAUUUGCUUUCGUCUCACUUGAAGGCAUUGAAGGAUCCUUCACUGAGUGAAGAUUUAGUUUUUGAACACUACAGUAAGUUAACCUUAUAUGAUUCUAAACGGUACCCAACAUUAUUCACAGAUAUCAUACAAAGGAAAUUAAAAACCAGAUCCUUAUUACAACGAAGUUUUUUGGAUAGCUUUUUGAAUGAACUUGUUUUUGGGCGUAUAAUUGACUCAAUAAUGGAACCAUAUUAUCUUUUAGAGGGCUUGAAUAGAAUUUGCAUGAAGGUAAAGCUAAACUCGUCCAUGAAUAUCAAACAAAAAGUUGUUUAUAGCAAAAGUAACUACAGCUCCUGGUGGUCUGUUUCCAAAGUGAAGCAAAAAAUAUCGCAAAUGGCCAGACUUGUAUCCUAUUCAACAUCAAUAAAAUCACCAAAUAUCGACAACACUAGUGUUCCAGAAAUACCGUUUUUACAGCGAUAUGUUUUUAGUCUUUUCACCGAUGAUUUCUUCAAGUUAUCUAUGAGAAAACCAUUCUUAUUCUCAAUGUGCAGAACACUUCAGCAUUGGAUCUCUAAGUCGAAUAACUUGAACAAGUUCAUGUAUAAUAUGUUUGGUAAUAUUAUUCGGACCAAAAUUACCAGUCCUAUGACUAUUGGUAAUUUUUUUUCGUCAUUACGACAUUCCAUGUUCCCCAACGAUAAUAUGAUGGGACCGCCAAAAGAAGUACCUAUAGGUGAUGCUUUUUUAGAAUUCAGGGAAGAAUGUAUUUGCAAUUUAUGGGAUGUGUGUAAGACAUAUAAACUUGCUCGAACCCUUGCUAUCGAGAGGUCAGACAUAGCAGACCUUGUCAUUUGCUUAUCGAAGAAUAGAGACUGUAAUAAACUACUACUUUAUAAAAUAAUCGACUGUGUUGUCGCUCAGUUAAUAUAG